UAAAUUUGCUUGCCAUAGCCUUCAACUUUCAGUUCCAGGGGAGUGAAAUUACUGUUCAGCAGCCAUGUCAAUACCUGGAACACUGAUUUAUCUGUUUUCACUAGCAGUCCUCUCUUCCUCCGCAGUUCAAGAUGAAACCCUGGCUGCUGUGUGUACCUCACACAUUCAGCUCUUUGGGAGUCUUUCAGCUCAACUUCAGGAGGCGACACAGUGUACCGAAGCGCAGCUGUCUCAGCUGAACAUGACCCAGACAGCUGCAAUGCUGCACUCCUUGAGAACUCUUACUAAUGCUCUGCACAAACACCAGCUGACAGCAUGCCAAGGGGCAGAGCCCUCGGCCUGCCCUCAAGUUGAGGUGCACACCAAUGGAGGGGUGGUGUGUGCCACCAUCAAGGACGUAAUUUACUGCAAACCCAUGUGCAACAAUGGAUAUGAUUUUAACUUCUUGAGGAGGCGUCGCCUGUAUGAAGUGUGCAGCGGGGCCAAAAAUCACAAGUGGACCACAUCGUACAUAGGAGGCAACAAGUUGGCAGUCUGCCAUGAAUCCUCUGUUCAAAUUUCUGGAGCUGAGACGUCCUAUUUCCCAGAAGGGCUGGACUGCAUGAAAACCAAGAGCAUUGGUAAUCUGCGGGAGAUGAUCAUCAACAAGUUUCUAGAUGAACUUAAGGCCGAGAGCAUUGACGGAGAGCCAGAGUACACCUGUCUUGUGUGUGGAUAACUAUGGAUGGGGUGCAUGUUGACGAAAGAUGUUGUGAAUAAUUCAGUAUGGUUGUUGAACCACCUACGUUUCACAGGAACUGAUAUCUGUACGUGAAUAAGAAAUACUGAAGAAAUGGAAUAAUUUCAAAUACUUCUGUAAUUAAGUUUGAAUUAUGAUGUUUCCUCUUCUCAGGUGUCGUUACAUUAUGACAUUAAAACAUAGUAAAGCUAUCAGUUUCAGUUUGGACAUGGCCAAAUUUAGAGCAUGCUUGCUGUUGCUGACAUAUUGUUUUGUUUCUGUUGCCAGAUAACUGCACGACUAUAAAGAAGUGAUUUGUUUGAGGAUCACAAAAUGCUAAAUGGUUAGCCAAGGCCAACAAUAAUCUCAGGAAUGUAAGCAUUUUGUGACUCUCACCAUAUUGUCACACAAAAAAGGUUUAUUUCCCAAAGGAGUUGUUGGACGAAAAAAAGUUUUGAUAUUAAUUUUAACAACAUGAGGAGCUUUGUGACUUUAAAAAAUGAGAAAAUUUAGCUAUCCACAACAAUUUACUAAUUUGAUUUCACUGUAUAACAUUGUGCUGUGUAAGCCUACAACUGGAGGAUAAAAGCAUUAAAGGGGUCCCCUCACAAUGGCAUUCAUUGUUUUAAUGCAGAAUAAAUAAUGGGAUCCUCCAUUACUGAUGAUUCAUAUAUGCAUGAAGGACUCCUAGAGCGGCUAUCACUGCAGUAUAAAAAUAAAUAGGGGAACUGUUGAAUGUAAUCAGUCAAUUUCUUAGACACUUUAUUACAGGGUCCGCAUUUUACCCAUAAAUUAGAUGAGGCUAACCACUUAGCCAAAUAGACAGCUCUGUUCCUGACAACAAAUCCAAGGGUCGUUGACUGAUGUCGAGGUCAAAGAGUCAAAUGGGAUUGCAGGAGGUCAUUAGUUACUGGCAUCCCCCAUCAAUUUAUUAGUAGUCACUAUAAUCAUAGGGAAAAUGACCCAGAGAAUUAUCCUAUCAGACCUUAGACGCUCUAAUCAUCAAUUAUGGAAAUGACUUUAUUUCUCCAACGGCUGAGGGAUUACUCGAGUUGUAGUUGAGUUGCAGUGUUCCAGAGUUGCAUGUAGGUGGCAAUAUUAGAUACAGCUCUGUCAAUCAUUUACAAUCCUUUGAGGCAUUUAUUUACACUGUCACAUGAUGAAACUUCAUUGUACUCGUCAUAGAUGUGAGAAGUUUAACGCAUCCAACAUUGUCUGGCUUUCGAUGUGGGUUGUUUUUGAGUGGUUUGGGGGUUACAGCGGUGAAUUAUUAUUGCAUUACAAAAUACCGCAAAAUAUGUUUAUUUCAGUAAGUUCUAAUUUUAACACUAAAAUUGCUUGGCAUGAAAAAAAAUUACACAGAUGUUACACUGCCAAUGUUUUUCAUUUCAUAAAUGCAUUUUUCCACAAAGGUUUUUUAUCAGUUUACACAUUACUUGUGGACAUUGAGUACUUUACAUGGCCUAAUGUGUGGCAGAUUGCCAAAAUGGCUUUCCAGUUAUCACACUGUAAGCCACAAAAACAUGUAACCUGCCCAUCACUGUCAGCCACUUAGUGUGAUUUGUGCAAUAA